GAGUGGGCCCAGCUGACGCCCUCCCUCCCGGCUCCGCCCCGCGCCGUCCUCGCCGCGCGUUCCCCGGUCCCCGCAGCCGCCGGGAGCCCGGGAGCCGGAGCCGCCGCCAUGGGCCGGGCCCGCCCCGCGGCGCGCCGCUCGCACAGCCCAGACCCCGCCACGCAGCCCGCGCCUCCCCGAAGCCGUGCCCGCACCCUGGCGCUGCUCGGAGCCCUGGUGGCCGCUGUGGCCGCCGCCGCCGCUGCCCGGGCCUGUGCGCUACUAGCCGACGCCCAGGCGGCCGCGCGGCAGGAAUCGGCACUGAAGGUUCUGGGGACAGAUGGCCUCUUUCUCUUUUCCUCGCUGGACACGGACCAGGAUAUGUGCAUCAGCCCAGAGGAGUUCAAACCUAUUGCAGAGAAACUGACAGGGUCAGUUCCUGUGGCCAGCUAUGAGGAGGAGGAGCUGCACCAUGAUCCCAGCGAGGAGACUCUCACCAUAGAAGCCCGAUUCCAGCCUCUGCUCACAGAGACCAUGACGAAGAGCAAAGAUGGCUUCCUAGGGGUCUCCCGCCUCGCUCUGUCUGGCCUCCGCAACUGGACGACUGCAGCCUCACCGACCGCAGUGUUUGCUGCCCGCCACUUCCGGCCCUUCCUUCCGCCUCCGGGUCAGGAGCUGGGCCAGCCCUGGUGGAUUAUCCCUGGCGAGCUGAGUGUCUUCACAGGCUAUUUGUCCAACAACCGCUUCUAUCCACCGCCGCCCAAGGACAAGGAGGUCAUCAUCCACCGGCUGUUGAGCAUGUUUCACCCACGCCCCUUCGUGAAGACCCGCUUUGCCCCUCAGGGCACCGUGGCCUGCCUAACUGCCAUCAGCGACUCCUACUACACGGUGAUGUUCCGGAUCCAUGCCGAGUUCCAGCUCAGUGAGCCUCCUGAUUUCCCCUUCUGGUUCUCGCCGGGCCAGUUCACCGGCCAUAUCAUCCUGUCCAAAGAUGCGACACACAUCCGUGACUUCCGGCUGUUCGUGCCCAAUCACAGGUCCCUGAAUGUUGACAUGGAAUGGCUGUAUGGGGCCAGUGAGACCAGCAACAUGGAGGUGGACAUCGGCUACAUACCCCAGAUGGAGCUGGAGGCCACGGGCCCCUCGGUGCCCUCUGUGAUCCUGGAUGAGGAUGGCAAGAUGGUUGACAGCCACCUGCCCUCGGGAGAACCCCUCCAGUUCGUGUUCGAGGAAAUCAAGUGGCACCAGGAGCUGAGCUGGGAGGAAGCUGCCCGGCGCCUAGAGGUGGCCAUGUACCCUUUCAAGAAGGUCAACUACCUGCCAUUCACGGAGGCCUUUGACAGGGCCAAGGCUGAGAACAAACUUGUGCAUUCCAUCUUGCUGUGGGGAGCCCUGGACGACCAGUCCUGCUGAGGUUCGGGGCGGACUCUCCGGGAGACUGUCCUGGAAAGCCCGCCCAUCCUUACGCUCCUCAACGAGAGCUUCAUCAGUACCUGGUCCCUGGUAAAGGAACUGGAAGACCUGCAGGUCCAGCAGGAGAACGCACUCCACAGGCAGCUGGCAGGCUUGCACCUGGAGAAGUACAGCUUCCCUGUGGAGAUGAUGAUCUGCCUGCCCAACGGAACUGUGGUCCACCACAUCAAUGCCAACUACUUCCUGGACAUCACCUCCAUGAAGCCGGAAGACAUGGAAAACAACGUCUUCAGCUUCUCGACCUUUGAGGACCCAUCCACAGCCACCUACAUGCAGUUCCUGAGGGAGGGACUCCGGCGUGGCCUGCCCCUGCUCCAGCCCUAGGGAGCCUAGAGUCCUAGAGAAACUGGACCUGGUGAGAACCUGGUGGACAGAUUCCACACACCCUGGAGCCACAAUGCCCUCCAUCCAUUUCACACUGGCAAUGGCCUCCGCGUCACUCCCAGGUUGCCUAGCGAGGUCAAAGGCCAACCAAGGCUGCUCCUUUCACUUAGCCUGAAUGAAGGUGGUUAGGCAAAGGGCCUGGCUGAGUGUGUAAAUGAGCCAAAGGCCUGCUACCACUACCAGUUCUUCCAUUCUCAUCGGGCUCCCAAAGCUUCAAGUCCCCCAAAACAGAGUCUGGGGUGAUCUCCGUGACUCUUCCAUACAGCGAUGUAGGUCAGGGCCUUGGUGCUGGGAAGACAGACUGCCCCUUCUUUCUUGGCUCCCCUCUCAAGUCGAAGGAAUUCAAGAGCUUGGCCCUGGGUGCCAGGCUGCCAGUCCCAUGCCUGUUUGGCGCCUUCUCUCUUGGCAUCCCCCAGGCAGCUUUCUGUGCCCAGUGCCCCCAGCUUGGAGUCGCCGUCAGCCGGAGACGGCUGUGGAAGCCUAUGUGCAGGGCCCUUCUACAGAAGCGGAGACCAUAUUGUCACACUGCCCCCCUUCAGAGCGCUUCAUGGACCCGAUGGCCCGAGCCCAGUCCUGUUUGGGGAGUUGACGUUCACUGUGAAGUAGGUUGUAUGUCAGUGAUGGGUUCUGGGGCGUGGGGUCCUACUGCCUGCACCUAGCAGGGGUUCAUGACAGGACCAUUGGAGUCAGUGUUCCCAUGACACCUCCCACCUGUAGACCCUUACUCUGUAGAAGUGUAGCCCAGCCAAAGACCACAGCCUUCACCACAGCCAGCACUGUCUAGGUCCUCAGGGUCCUACGGACAGACUCGUUUGCCACUGGGUGAUCACCAGUUCCCCUCGGCUACUCUUAGACUCGGUCCACACCCUGAACCACUGACCAUGGCCAGUCUUUUUUAUACACACAGAAAAGUGUUUUUAUAUGAAUGUUCUCGUUUUAUAUAUGAAUUUUCUCACAGUUUAUAUUUUUUAAAAAAUCUGAAUGCUGAGGAGAAAGAAAGGGGGCAGUGGCUUCCCCCAGCAGCAGCCGCAUGAUGGCUGGGUCUGAAAUCCCAGAUGGGUCCAGCCUGAUGUCCUCGCAGUUGCACGUGGGGGUGGGAAUACGCCCGUCUUCCUUCUCUUCUACCUUUUUUAUAAGUAGUCCUUCCGAGGGUCAGCCUUUCCCCAGCUCUGUCCUGCGCUGCACACUUGAUCUUAAUGUCAUUAAGGCCUUCUUGACUUCACCCGGUUCCAUGUGUUCCCAGUUCUUUCCCCUGCUCCACCAGGGGCUCAGCCUUCAGCUUGGCAGAGGAGGAAGGCUGGUAGCCGUUCCCUGAGCCCAGCCCCCCUGUCUGCUGCUGGAGUCACCCACGGCGCCCACCUCAGAGUCUCUGGGAUGCCCUGCAGCAACCACCCCCGCUUUCUCAUUUAGUUCUCACAACAGAACAGUGAAUUAGAAAAUUACCCCCAUUUUCAGACCAACGUGUUCGCAUCUUGGGGAAGCCAAGUGGCUUCUCAGGGUCACUCAGAGCUCUGGAGUUGUGAUUUAAAUCCACGUGACUCCAGCGGCUGUGUGUUGGUUUGGGGGUGCUUUGUUUGAUACCCCUACUCACUUCCCCCCAUGGUGGGAAGGAACUCCUCUAAAAUCAUGACUCCUGCAGGUGGAGGUGGCGCAUGCCUUUAAUCCCAGCACUCAGGAGGCAGAGGUAGGCAGUUCUCUGUGAGUUUGAGGCCAGCCUGGUCUACAGAGUGAGUUCCAGGACAGGCUCCAAAGCUACACAGAGAAACCCUGUCUCAAAGAAAAAAAUCAUGAUUCGUAAUAGGACUGAACAGAGCAGGUGCCAAUAGCUCUGCCAGGUUCUCGGGGGGGGGGGGGUUCUUCCAUGAACCCUACAGAGAAGGAGGGCACCUGAGUGCUUCACAGUGCCUCUGCCAUCUUGUGGGCAUGGUGCACGUGUGCCACCCAGCCUCAGAAGGGGCCAGAGUGGAUUCCACACUGACUGCUAGGGCUUUCUGGGUCUUCAGCUGAUACCACUGCACAUCCCCAGCUGCCUGCGUGUCACCUCUCUUGCGUGUCUCUCUCUUGCCCCAUCCCUAGCAUGUCCUGUAAUAAAAUUGGAGAGUUGAAGGGAUCUUGGUGCUUUUCCUUUGAGCAGGAUGUUUGGUUUCAACCUUGUGCCGUCUGACUGCUGCCUCUGUCGGGAGACAGGCAAGGAUGGGCACAUUUGAGCUGGUCUGUCUUUGGAGUUCUGUCUGUCAGGAGGUCUUGAGUGACUUGCCUAAGGUAAGUCUGUAAUAGAUAGAAUGAUAAAAUAUACCAAAGAAUCUGGAACUUUGUGUAGAGAGUGGGCCUGAGGUUAAACCCAUUGUCUAGAAGCAUUAGGUAAUUAUGGGAGGAAGUGUGCCAGUAGGGGUGGUGGGAUAGCUCAGUGGGUAAAGGUGCUUGCUACCAAGACAACCUGAGUUCAGUCCCUGAAUCCCACGUGGUAGAAUCAAUUCCCAGUUGUCUUUUGACAUCCACAUAGGCACCAUAGUGCACAUACAUGGUGGGAAGGGUGUUAGGAGGGGAAGACCUGUAAGAAGGGUUGAGUCAGAAGAGGGCAAGAAAAAGACGCAGAACCAGAGAGUGUCAACACCUAGCCAUCCACAGAGGAGGGCUCUAGGGCAAACCACACUGCAGAGCCAAAGCCGCCUUUUGUGCUUCUGUCACUGACUAACGCGGCGAAGCGAAGUCAGUUUCCAGAUUAGGGUUGGAAAAUAGCCACUGACAUACCUUCUGGGGACCAGUGCAAAAUGAAGUGCAAGAAAAACGCCAGAAGCAUUUAGUUAGGUGCUACGCAAUGGUGGCUCUGUCACUGAAAGGCUGUGUGACAGUGAUAUCUUACAAUCACAGGAACUGAGAAAUUCCUGUUAUCUGGGACUUGAGUGGUGCCCCAUCUGUGUUUCUUUUUUAUUUUUUUAUUGAUAUUUAUUGAGCUCUACAUUUUUCUCUGCUCCUCUCCCUGCUUCACCCCUCCCCCCUUCAAUCUUCCCCCAAGGUCCCCAUGCUCCCAAUUUACUCAG